AUGUCCGCACGUUCGCCCGUGUGCACGACAAGGGAGGGACGUGUACAGGCCGGUCGCGAUGCACCGAAACCUGGAUGGGACGGAAGAAGGCACUACGUACCGGGCGCACGCCGACGGCACCGGUCGAGAGAGAAUAGGGGAGGAUGGAACGGCGGCAGUGCUUGGAAAAAGGAUCACACACGGCACUACCAACGUCUGGUGCUGCCACUCGUGUGGCGAAGCACGUGAGGGGUGUGGCAGUGUCCGACGUCGGUCGCUGUGCCCCUCUGACGGAUCCCAUGGUUGUUGGCGAAACCGACGACGAUGGCGAAUGGCACGCCCCUCACCCUUCAAUAAGCGAGCUGGAGAGGACGGGGCGGCCGACGACAAGCGGCUGGUUGGUAUGCAGCCGGCACAAACUCGCUCGGGGCGCAGGAUCACGUGGCCACUGGCACAUUUUUCGGGGAGCAUCGCCGCCCCUGCU